AUACGUUUUCAACAAACUUCACAGGUACCUUAGAGACUAGUUAGAGUUGGAACUUUAUUUAUCUAUUUAGUUCAACAAAGCAUUUCAAUAUCUUCAUGGCAACUCAAAAACAUAAAUUUAUCACAGCACCUCAAGUCUAAUGUUUACAAAAAUCUUUUUCGUAUAACGCGCUUAAAAUUUAGGUUAUCGUACGUUCGUGAACAUUGUGUCAUUUUAUAACUGCGGAAUUUCCUGUACCACAAUUAUAUAUUUAUCUAUAUUUUAAUCAUCUUUGUACGACUUAAUAAGUGUCAAAAGAAAAAAAAAUAUAUAUAUAUAUAAAAUAUAAUUAUGAAUAACAUUGCGACGCAGAGAAUCAAAAGGGAAUUUAAAGAAGUCAUUAAAAGUGAAGAGCUUGCAAAAUGCUCAAUAAAAGUAGACUUAGUUGGAGAUAGCUACACUGAAUUAAAAGGUGAAAUUGCUGGUCCACCUGAUACACCAUAUGAAGGUGGAAAAUUUUUUUUGGAAAUUAAAGUGCCAGAGACUUAUCCUUUUAAUCCACCUAAAGUUCGUUUUAUGACGAAAAUUUGGCAUCCAAAUAUAUCAUCUGUUACUGGAGCUAUUUGUUUAGACAUCUUAAAAGACCAAUGGGCUGCUGCUAUGACUUUACGUACAGUUUUAUUGUCUCUCCAAGCACUUAUGGCUGCUGCAGAACCUGAUGAUCCACAAGAUGCAGUUGUUGCAAAACAAUAUAAAGAAUAUCCAGAAAUAUUUGCUAAAACUGCUAGUUAUUGGACUAACGUUUAUGCUGGAGGUCCCAAUAAAAAUACAGAUUUUGAUUCAAAAAUUCAGCGUCUCAAAGAUAUGGGAAUAGAAAGUGAUCAAGCACGCGGAGCAUUAUCUACUUUUAAUUGGGAUUUGGAACGAGCUACUGAACAACUGUUUAGUUAGGAUAGGCUCUAUUAUUUGGGUUAUGUUUAUACUAAAGUUAUCAUGAAAUCAAUGUGAAGGCUUAAGUAUAUGAUAUAUUCUUAACA